AUGGCGAGGAUGGUGUACAGCCGCCCUCACGUCGACGGCCUGCGGACCGGUCCUCCGGCGGAGGAUUCGGAACUCCCGGACGAUUCCGCGGUCGAGUCCACGAGCGCGCCCGCGGCGUCGUCGUCCGCGCCGCCGCCGCCGCCGCCGCCGCUCGCCAUCGCGGCGGCGGCGGCGACGACCGCGACCGCGAGCGACGCCGCUCCCGGGGUGACGCACGUGUCCGCGGCGACGCACGCGUUCAACUCCCGGCACGCGUGGUUCGACGGGAACGGGAAUCGAAUCGCGCCGGACGCGAUGCGCACCGACGUCGAGCGAACGCAGAAGCCGCCGGAGAAGAUCCCGCCGAAGCCGAUCGAGCAGCGGCGCGCGGAUCGCAUCGCGGCGUCGAAGGAGAUGUGGAAGAAGAUCAACCCGGGGUACAUGCCGAACCCGGAGAGGAGCCACUACGACCACGCGUUUCACUACGACCCGACGCACCUCGCGGUGGCGAAGGGCGCGCCGCUGUCGUGGAAGCAUCACUUGCUCAAGACGGACACCGCGGCGUUCGUGGAGGCGGUCGCGCGGGAGAGGGUGUUCGCGACCGCGAUGAAGGAGGACGAGAAGAGCGCGGAGGCGGCGGCGAAGAAGAAGCCGGCGGGAGGGGGCGAGAAGAAGGAGAAGCCGCCGCCGAAAGCGGAGGCGUCGCCGCCGAAAACGGAGGCGGCGGAGGCGUGA